UUGUCAGUUUUGAACUGAAAUACUCACAUAGGACUCUUUCUGUCUUACUGUUAGGUGUAAAGAUUUCUCUCUGUGUUACUGGAAUCCCUAUUGGAUGCUGCCCUCUGAUGUUUGUGGAAUGAACUGCUUUUGGGAAGCGGCUUUUAGGUAUAGUCUGAAAAUACAGCCUGUACAGAGAAUACACCUGGCUGUCGUUGCCUGUGGUGAAAGACUGGAAGAAACUAUCACCAUGCUCAAGUCAGCUAUCAUUUUCAGCAUCAAACCUCUUCAAUUCCAUAUUUUUGCCGAAGAUCAACUACACGAUAGUUUUAGAGGCAUCCUCGACAACUGGUCAUUUCUACAAACAUUUAACUAUUCAUUAUACCCAAUAAUUUUUCCAAGUGAGAAUGCUGCGGAGUGGAAAAAGCUCUUUAAACCAUGCGCUUCCCAGAGAUUGUUCUUGCCAUUAAUCCUGAAGGAAGUUGACUCACUAUUGUAUGUCGACACUGAUAUCCUUUUUUUGCGGCCCGUUGAUGAUAUUUGGUCUUUACUAAAGAAAUUUAAUUCCACACAAAUUGCUGCAAUGGCACCAGAACAUGAAGAGCCUCGGAUAGGAUGGUAUAAUCGCUUUGCCAGACAUCCAUACUAUGGCAAAACUGGAGUAAACUCUGGAGUUAUGUUGAUGAACAUGACUAGAAUAAGACGGAAGUAUUUCAAGAAUGAUAUGACAACUGCACGACUACGAUGGGGAGAUAUACUUAUGCCAUUGCUCAAAAAAUACAAACUAAAUAUCACAUGGGGUGAUCAAGAUCUGUUGAAUAUCAUAUUUUUUCAUAAUCCAGAAAGCCUUUUUGUUUUUCCCUGUCAAUGGAAUUAUCGACCAGAUCAUUGUAUAUAUGGAAGCAAUUGCCAAGAAGCAGAAGAAGAAGGAAUCUUUAUUCUUCAUGGGAACAGAGGUGUUUACCAUGAUGAUAAGCAACCAGCAUUUAGAGCUAUUUAUGAAGCACUAAGAAAUUGUUCUUUUGAAGAUGACAACAUCCGUUCCUUGUUAAAGCCUUUAGAACUGGAACUGCAAAAGACAGUACAUACAUACUGUGGAAAAAUUUACAAGAUAUUUAUCAAACAGCUAACAAAAAGCAUACGAGACCGUUAUGAUAGACCACCAAAGGAAAGGUGAUUCUUGGUGACCACCGAAUCAAGUGAAUUAAAACAACAAAAUAUUAGAAGAUAUAUGUGAAGGAAUAGUCUUGAACGAAGUGUACGAGAAGGAAUUAUUCAUCUUCAGAAUAAUUUUUUUCCUGAAGAAAUUAAGUGAGCAAUAUAUUCAUAUAAUGAAGAAUAAAUUAAAGUCUUGGACCCCAACAAAAAGACAUUUUUCAUCUCUGAUGUGUUGUAAUGUUAUUUGCUAUCCUUCCAGUGUUGAUGAAUAUAUUGAAUUGUGUAGCCUACAGACUUUGGUUGACUUAUUUUCAAGAGAGUAAGAACAGUAGGGGUGUAUGGAUGGAGAGAAUGUACCUCAUACACAGUGGAAACAAACUGUGAGUAUAGCAAUAAUUUUAUGUCAGCACUAACCUCACUUUAAAUGUGUGAGAAAAAAGUUGUUUACAGGAGCAGAAAAAAUUCUGUUUCUAAAGAAAUGUGAUGUAACCAUCGACAAUCUUCAUGUGCCUUUAUAGAUUUCAUCUCGUUUUAAAAUCGUUCCUUGUGACAAUCAUGUUUAAAUUUAUUUUUAGAUUGUAAGUAAGUAAGCUGCACGUUUAAAAUUGAGCUGUAUAAGAAAGAAGGAAGACUGAAAAUUUUGGAGUUUUAGUCUCUGUGUUUAUGAAACGUGGCGUUUUCAUUUGUCUUGCCAAACUUAGAUCUAAGAUUGUUAAACAGAUCCUUUGGGAAACAUUUUUUUUAUCACUUUAAAUGAAAAUUUUCAGCUUUACUGGGCAUUCUGGAAAUAAAAAAUAUGCUGAUAAUAAAGUGAGAACCUACAUGGUAUUACAUGAUGGUGGAAAAUGUGAUGGACCAAAAUACAUAAGCUAUAUACUUCCGGUGAACAGUAAUUUUAGUUUUAGUGGAGCAGAAAAUGAAUGAUCUAUUUAAACUUCUUUUCUUCUACCUCAAAAUGGCGUAGCAAGGUAUUUUUGAAGAAGCAACUAUAUAGAGCCUUACUUUAAAUAAGUCAGAUAACUUUCAUGAAUGAUUCAGAUUAAGAAAAUUGUUACCUCUGACUAUACAAAAAGUAGUUUUGAUUGGGUUAAUGUGGUAUCUUUCUUUUUUGAAUAUUACUUAAGACUUUUUUUAAUGUUGAAAAUAUGAGAAAUAUUACUUCUCGUAGUGUUCUUGACAGCUAUCUAAUUAAUAUAACGAUGGAUUCUGAGUACUUAACACGUGCUAUGGCACAUACCUCAUUUUACCAAGUGCUAUAUGGUUAUAUUCUUUUUCUCUUUUUGAUAUUUUAAUGCUUAAAUAGAGAAAUGGAAAUCAUGAAGGAAAAAUAUCACUUCUAUGAAAAUAGUGAUGAUUGGUUUCAUGAGGACACAGUGCUCUGUGCAGACAUAGAACAUACAGAAAGAUGAUCAGUACCGUUGUCUCCUAUCUUUUGUAGUUCAGUCAAGGACACAUUGAGAGAAGGUGUAAGGAAGGCAGAUUAGUUGAUAACUAGCCUAGCUCUCUUAGAUGCAUUUAGAGAGCACAGUCUGUACAUCCUUGACAGAAUUACCAUGGUGAAUAUAAUAGUUUAUGAACUGUGUUGAAGUUGAGUUUGCUAAGUAGAAAAUGAGAAUCCUAGAAUUUUCAAGUUUGGAGGGUAUGUAGAAGAUUGUUUCUAACAGUCCCCAAAUAAGACAAUUGCUUGCCUGGCUGUAUCAGACUCUCGGGGAGCUUGUUGAGAAUGGAUUUCUGGGUCCACUGUGUGUAGGAUGGGGUCUACAAAUUUUUUUUUUUUUUUUUAGUGAAGAGAUUUAAAAAUAACACAAAAGUAGAGUGAAUAAUAUAGUGGUGCUGAUUGUCCAGAGCAAGCUUAACCAUAUUUGCAUCAUCUACCCCUUUUUUCUUUGCUAAAGUAUCUUUAAAGAAAAUCCCAGACAUCAUGUUAUUUCACUGCCAUGGACAUUUUGGUAACUUCAAUGACAUACCUCCUCGAUAUUAAAUGAAUAUCCAGUUUUUAAACAAAUUCCCCUGAUUGCCUCCAAUGUUAGAAUCAGGGUGCAAAAAUAAGUCACAGUGUGAUUCUGUUUUUGUUAGGAUUCUAUUUUUCAUGAGCCCCUCAGAUGAUUUUGAUGUCAGCUAGUUUGGGAACUACUGGAAAUAAUUUUGCCAACUUGAAGGUUGAAGUUAGGAUAUCACAAUUCUUGUUACAGUUGGUGGAUUGUAAUUGUGAUUCUGAAAUAUUAGAGGAAGUACUUGGAGUUAUUGAAAAGAUAUGAAUUUAUAUUAAUAGUAAGUUACUUAGAUUUAAUUUCCUCAGUGAGCAGAGAAUCUCAGACCCACGGAAUCGGGUUGGUUGAUUGGGACUAUGUAGAGCAUGAUCAUAGUUUAAUUCAACUGGACUGUACACUGUGGCCCCACAUGUUGCGGCUUAUUUACAUUGUCAUACAUUCUGCAUUGUUGAUCAGUUGGAAGAGUCUUCGUCUGGUUUAUUCAGACCUGGUCUAAUUGGGCAUUUUACCAUAAAUUGGGUUAUGGUGAAAACUCUCCAUUUAGUGACUGUUUUAUCUAAAAUUGAGGAUAUCACAGAAAGUCCAUAACAAUAUUAAAAUGAGUUUUCUGAAUUUAUCUUUAGAUAAGGUAACCUUUUCCUUGAGAAUUCUCAAGAAAUGCAAUUCUCAGUGUUAAUGAGGUUAAAUUAUAGAACUUAGAGAAUAUUUCUAUUCACAAAACACUAUAUCUAUGCAGUUUAUAUAAAUUAUAUUAUAUAGUCUUUGAGUCUGUGUGUUAGAACAAUUCUGACCUCAGAACUAUCUCUGGGCUAUAGUAUUACCAAAGUGGAAUGACUUAAAUGUAGUCAGACUUCAUUUAUGUGAAGUAAUCAUCUUAGAAGAACUUGGAAAAUCUUUAGAAAUAUAUAUUGUGAUUUACAUUUUAAGAAAAUAAUUUUUUCCCCUUAGGAGUAGUUUCGCACAUAUAAGGUAACUCAGUUAUCUUUGGAUACUUUGGAGCCUGAAACAAUAUUACUGCUUGCUUAUUGCUCUCAUUUUGCUUUCAGUGAGAUAUUAUUGGUGUGAUGGAAGGAAAAUCAGACUGAACUAGAUCUGGACUCUCUUCCUGGUUAGGGAUCCCAGGCAUAUUAUUUAACCUUUUCUGUGCCUUGGGUUUGUAAACAAUCAAUAUGCCCUUCUAGCCUCAGAAGACUCAGAGGUCAUGAGUUAUGAAGUUCUGAGGUUCAGAAGAGAUGAAAGAUUUGAAAGCAUUCUUCAUGGCUUAUAUCAUGCUACAUCAGCAUUACUGUCCAAGUUCUCUCUUGCCCUGUCUUCUCUUCUACAGAUCAUUCUGUUUCCUUAGGCCGAAUGUUUCUGACAUGUAUUAUAUAUCCAGUAUGAAUUUGCUUAUAUUAUGCAAGGAAGCGUUUUUAAGGAUGAGAAAGUGGAGAAGAAAAGAAUGAUGUAAAUGAAUGAUCAAAAAAAAAGAAGGAAAAGAGAGGAAGUGAGAAAAGUGAAGAAAGAGAAAGGAAUAACAGAAUGGCAAAAGGCAGAGUGAAAGAUGGAAUGAGAGGUGGGAAAAUCGAGACGUAGAGAUGGAGAGGAAUGGUGUGGAAACAGUCACUUAUUGAGUUGUAGCCCCCAACCCUGUGCCACUGUCUGCUGGCCUCUCUCUAGUUCAGUGCAUGAGGCCUUCCAGGGUCAGGAAGGGUGCAGGCUUUCAUGGAAGGGGGCAGCAAAGCUACCUUGGUUUCAUUUGUUGAUACUAGAGUUGUUUCCCAGUCACUGUACUCACUGGUUAUUUACUGCUAAUGAUUCAACAUUGUAUUAUUUUACUGGAUCCCAGUGUGUGAGCUUGGACCUGUGGAAACAUGAUGACAAGUAUCUUCCUUUUUAACGUCGUUUUAGUCAUUCCAAAUGUUGGCUUAUGCAAGACUAACCACGUAGAAUCACAUGGGAGGUUAGGGUGGAGGGGAUGGCUUCAUUAGGUCUGAAGGGGCCCAAGAAUUUAUUGCAGCAGUUUUCCAAGAUGAUACUGUUAGUAGGAAGCUAGGUUUGGGAAUCGCUGCCCUACCUUGAAUGGCAGCUUAAGCAAUGGCAGCUUAAAUCCCAUCUAUUGAUUUCUUAAUAGGCAUACUUUCAGUUGAACUGUUAUGAAUGGAUUCAAGAGAACAGGAGAUAGCAGAAAUACAUUAAAGGGAAAAAAACCUUAAAAUAGUAUUCAGUGUCUUCUUUUUCAGAAGUUUAUAUUGUAGGUAAUAAAUACCUAGUAGUAAUCAGAACCUUUUUGAAGUGGUUUUAGAAAGACCAUUGAUGUUUGUUUUUUUAAAUAAAUUUUUGAUUCUUUAGAGAAAGUGAAGAAAAGUAGAAGAGCAAUAUGUCACAUGUGGGAUCAGUUACCCAUUUUUUAAAUGUAAUUUCACAUGUCUUAACAAUUUCCUUUUAAUAUUUAAUAAAAGUAGAUUAAAUAAUCUGUACUGUAACAACAGUUAAUCUUUUUAUGCACUGCCAAAGCAACCCUUUUUUGACUAUUAAAUUCUGGCCAAACUCUUCUGGUGUUUGUUGUUUCUUAAUUCAUUGAAUAUGAAACUAGAUUUUUAAAACAAGUUAUAAAAUUAUGUAAACUUAAGACAAGUCUAAAGGUGGUACAAGAAUGUCCUUA